UUUUGUCGGUGAUAAAAUGGCUUUCUUGUAAGGUCAUUUCGCAUAAAUGUUGUGGUGCAGUCAUUGACAAAGUUGCUCAAUAUUUAAUGUAACUUUAAGAAAGUUGGCGUGCGACCCCCUCUUGUCUUUCAGUUGGUGGAAUGUAUACCUCAGUCCAUUCAUUGGCAUGGUAUUAGUAAAAUUGCGUCAAUAACACAGACAUGCGACUUUAAAUUUAUACAAACUGUUGAAUAAACCAACUAAAAUGACAAAGAAAGUGAAAUAAUUAUCGAUAAGUGAGUGAUAAGCAACGAAAAAAAAAUGGAUUUUUUCAACAAAAAUUUAACGUGUGCCUCUUUGGAUAUACCAUCAAUCCCGGAAUACCUAUCAGCCACAAAUGUCUACGGGGUGACUCUAGUAACCCUGGGAACGUUGGCAGUUGUGUUAGUUUUAGUAAUGUUCAUCGAUACUCUCCAAUACAUAAUAAAAAAUUCCUCGUCUCGAGUAAAAACAUAUUCAGCCUUCGUCAUCGGUGUUUAUCCGGUUGUAGCUCUAGUGACUUAUUUUGCAAUUUUGGUCCCUCGGGCCCACCUUUUAAGCGAAGCCAUAACCCAGGGUGCUUUUAUGGCAGGAAUGUAUCAAUUAUUUUGUCUUUUUGUGGCGUAUUGUGGAGGCGAAGCCGAGCUAAUUCGCAAAGUCAAACCCGGAAGUUUAAAUUUGAGAGUAAUGCCGUGUUGUUGUUGGCCUUGUUGCUUCUUUUUACCGCCGAUUGAAGUCACAAAGAAUACAAUUCAGCGGUUACGAUUACUCGUUUUGCAAUUACCAGUCGUUCAAGGAUUGGUUUAUUUGGUCCUUUUAGUGAUGUGGGCCGAACGUGAGAGUUUGUAUCAAGUCAAUUACAUGUACUUGCAGCCAGUGAUAAUAAUUUCGAUAUUAUUCGGGGUUUGGGGCAUGGCGAUGACAAUCAACCUCCUUAAAGGCUUCCUAGGGGACGAAUAUUUAAUGCCUUCGAAAUUUAUCGUCCUUCAGUUAGUCCUAGUUUUAGCAAAAAUGCAAGGAGCUGCCACUAGAGGACUAGUUAUGAUUGAUAUUUUGCCGUGUCGACCACCAAUAACACCGACAGUUUAUGGAAAUUUAAUUCAUAAUACACUAAUGUUGGCUGAAAUGGUUUUGUUGCAAUUUGCGGCUAGAAAAUUAUACAAGAGAAUUUUACCAGAUUAUGCAAGUGAAGGUGUUGGCACCAUUAGUACCAUAGGCGGUAUAAUGGCCUCUGACCUUAUGAAAGAUAAUAAUAACAGUAAUUGUGAGAAUUUGAAUGUGAAGCUAGGUGUGAACAAGUGCAAAAUGGGGCACUUUAACGUGGCGCUAGACAUGCGAGAAUAGUUUAAAUAAAAUGUUUUUGUUAAAA